AUGGCUGAAGAAGUAAACGAGAGAACACGACUGCUGUCCCAGUCCGAUGACUCUUCCCCUUCCCUGAAAGACUUGGAAGAGUGGGAAGAGCCUCGCAAUUGGACAGUGUCAUACCGCUGGCUAUGUAUUGCCGUGAUUUCGAUCUAUGGAUUGAUCAGUCCGGUCAUCGCAGCAAUCAUCGUGCCCGCCAUGCCCCAGAUAGCCACCGACUUGAAUGUUACCGACCCAGGAAUGCUGCAAGCCUUCGUUUCUGUGUAUGUUCUCGGCUGGAGUUUCGCUCCCCUGGUUGUCGGUCCCUUGUCCGAAGUCUACGGGCGCAUCUCGUUGUUGAAUACCGGCCAUGGCCUGUUCCUGGUCUUCAACGCCCUGUGCGCGUUCGCCCGUAGUGAUUACGAGUUACUCAUUCUCCGGUUCAUCACAGGAGCUGUUGGUAGCGCUCCGCUGUCGAUCGGCGCAGGGAUCAUCGGAGACCUGUGGGCUCCAGAAGAGCGAGGCCUUUCCAUCUCCCUUUACACCCUGGGGCCCCUGCUGGGUCCUGCCAUCGCGCCCAUCACAGGUGCAUACAUCGUGUCCCACACGUCAUGGAGGGCAAUCUUCGCGUGGUGUUCACUUUACAUCUUCGUCACAUGGGUGCUAGGUCUUUGCAUCCUUCGCGAGACCUUCCGGCCAGUCCUCAUACAGCGGAAACAAGCUGCUGCAGUCCGCAAAGGUGACCAGCACGGCUCUCCACAACUGCACCAUAAGAGUCUAGCAGAUGUUUUCAGACAGGAUCUUCGACGACCUUUUACAUUCCUCGGAACACAGCCCAUCAUACAAGUCCUAUCCCUCUUCAUGGGCUAUCUCUUUGGCCUCAACCACCUAUCCAUCACGACAUUCGAGUCCGUCUGGACAGACAUCUACAACCAAACCCCAUCCCGCGCAGCACUGAACUACAUCUCCAUCGCCGGCGGAUUCAUCCUCGGAAGUCAAAUCACAGGCUCUCUCAACGACCGGAUCUACAUCUACUACACCUCCAAAGAUCCCGCAAAAGGAACCCCAGAGCUUCGAACAAUCCUCAUGCUCCCAGCCGCCCUUCUCGUCCCUGCCGGCCUACUAAUCUACGGCUGGUCCGCCCAGACACACAGCCACUGGAUCAUCCCCAAUAUCGGAAUCGGCAUCUACGCCCUUGGUCUGAUAAUGAGUUACCAGUGUAUUCAGGCCUAUGUACUGGAUUGCUACGCGGUGUACGCAGCCUCGGCGAUGGGCGCCCUGACGAUCCUGCGCUCGCUGCUGGGCUUUGUCUUGCCUAUCCUGGCUCCCUUGAUCUAUAGAACGCUUGGGUAUGGAUGGGGUAGUUCCUUGCUAGCGCUUUGGGCUUUGGUGAUGGGCGGGCUUGUUCCGGUCCUCCUGUGGCGGUAUGGGGCAGUUCUGCGAAAACGGAGUGGCAUUCUUGAGGAGAUGUAG